GAUUUGACCCUUUCAGGGAUCAAAAAAGUUAUCAAUUUUUUUUUUUUAUCUUUGAUAUGGGUAUCAAGUCCUCUGUAAAAUUAUCGUCAAUAAACUUGAUAAUUACAAUCACAUUUUGUGACCAAUUCCAGAUUUUUUUCUUGAUGAUUCUGUGAAUAUUAUAAUAUAUGAUAUGGUAUAUAGUAGUAACAGCCUAACAGGAGGAAAGUGAGAAUGAUCUGUUUUUCAUGUUGCAUGUCAUCAUCAGAGGAAAACAUUCAGACAAAUUCUUUGGCAAAAAGCAUUAAAGAUCAACAAAAAGACACAAAAUCUAUAGCGUCAUUUGCCAACAUUUCUAUUAAAACUGAUAGCAGCAGAAGGAGAUACAUAAUUGAAGAAAUAGAAAAGUAUGGAAAAGGAAACAUUUCAGCUCAAACAUUAACAUACAAUGACUUGGCUCUUGCAACUAAGAACUUUGACUCUGAGUGUUUGCUUGGUGAAGGUGGUUUUGGGAAAGUGUACAAGGGCCACAUUGAAAGCAAGAAUAUAGAUGUUGCUGUAAAGCAACUUGAUAGGAAUGGCUUCCAAGGAAAUAGAGAGUUCCUUGUGGAGGUUCUGUUGUUGAGCCUGCUUCAUCACCCUAACCUUGUUACUUUGGUAGGAUACUGCUCAGAUGGCGACCAACGAAUUUUAGUAUAUGAAUUCAUGUCAAAUGGUUCAGUAGAAGAUCAUCUUCUUGAGCUUGGUCCAGAACAAAAACCACUUGAUUGGAUUACCAGGAUGAGAAUUGCUGAAGGAGCAGCGAGAGGACUUGAAUACUUGCACGAAACUGCUAAUCCUUCAGUAAUUUACCGUGACUUUAAAGCAUCCAACAUACUUCUAGAUGAGAACUUCAAUCCAAAGCUUUCUGAUUUUGGACUAGCCAAGCUAGGUCCAACUGGCGAGAAAACUCAUGUUUCCACCAGGGUCAUGGGAACGUAUGGUUAUUGUGCACCCGAGUAUGCUUCCACCGGUCAAUUGACUACAAAGUCUGAUGUUUACAGCUUUGGGGUUGUCUUUUUGGAAAUAAUCACAGGCAGAAGAGUCAUUGACAGCUCAAGACCGAGUGAAGAACAGAACCUUGUUGUUUGGGCGACACCGCUGUUCAGAGACAAGGCAAAGUUUCACUUAAUGGCAGAUCCGUUGAUGGGAGGGGAUUACCCGAUGAAGGCAUUGUACCAAGCACUAGCAAUAGCAGCAAUGUGCCUGCAAGAGGAAGCCAACACACGGCCUCUGAUGAGCGACGUGGUGACUGCUUUGGAAUUUCUAUCAGGGAACAAGAAAGAAUUAGAUGCAGAGGAUGAGGAGGAGGAGGAGGAGGAGACAGCAGAAAACACUUUCAAAUCCCCACCUGCAUUGCAAAGUUUUACGAGUAGACUUGAACGUGCUGAAACUAAAGAUGCCAAUGGCGUUAGAGAAAGAGACUAGAACACCUUCUGUGCAUAAUCAAAAACUUUUUGUGAUCUUGAUAAGCUUUUGAAGAUUUUGUAUAUUAUUUUGUCGGUUCCUCACAAAGCUUUAGAAGUAAUAUCAGAAGUAUUUGAAAGAAUGAAGCCUAAGGUGUUAGAGACUAAAACCUUCUGUGAAUAUAUAAAACUUCUUUUCUUGCUAAGUUUCUCAGUUUUUCUAUAUAAUAUAUUCCCUACCUGCACUGCAAAGCGUUGCAAGUUGAGUGUACAGUUUGUUAGCUAUGAUGCAAAGGUGUUAGAGACAGAGACUCAAAUAUGA